GCCACCGGGGUCGGUCCAUUCCACACAAGAGUUCCAGCUCUCUUCGCUUCAGUCGCGCUCCGCCUGUCGACGUUUGCGUUGCGGCUCUUUCGCACGUUCCUCGAGCAGUCGCACGCGGUGUGUGCCGGCUCGCUUCGAUCUUUUUUUUUCUUUUUGUCCGCACGGUCGAUACGCACUUUUUCCGAAUUCUCGCGUUCUAUGUCAGAUCAAUCGUCGCUUCUUUCGUUGUAUCACGAACGAAUCUCAUCGAAUCGGACAGAAACGAACAAUUGACAAUACGGAAUAAAACGAAAAAUCGUCAAUCAUGAACGGAGUGUCGAAUAAGUGCGCGAAGCUGACCUCGUUCGACGAUGAGAAUGACAAGCCGAUGAUGAUGAAAAAGCCGUUAUCAAUGAGAACGGUUUCGUGGGGCGAAAGUAUUGAGGAUAGUGAUCUGGAAGUUCCCGGAACCCCAAGAACACCGCGUACAUCCACAACGAAAGGUCACGAAAAAUGCAUGUUCCAUCACGAUCUGGAACUGGACCAUCGACCACCGACGCGAGAGGCCAUGAUACCGGAAAUGUCUCGCAGUUACAAACUGCUUCUGAGCUCGCUGGGCGAAAAUCCGGAGCGACAAGGACUGCUAAAGACUCCGGAACGUGCCGCAAAAGCGAUGCUGUUCUUCACGAAGGGAUACGAUCAGAGUCUCGAUGAAGUAAUUAACGAUGCGGUGUUCGACGAGGAUCACGACGAGAUGGUGGUAGUUAAGGACAUAGAGAUGUUCAGCAUGUGCGAGCAUCACUUGGUGCCGUUUUACGGCAAAGUAUCAAUCGGCUAUCUUCCUUGCAAAAAGAUACUGGGUCUCAGCAAGCUCGCCAGGAUCGUGGAAAUUUUCAGCAGACGCUUACAAGUCCAGGAGCGGCUUACCAAACAGAUUGCCAUGGCGGUUACGAAGGCUGUGCAACCUGCGGGAGUCGCAGUUGUGGUCGAGGGAAUGCAUCUCUGUAUGAUUAUGCGAGGUGUACAGAAGAUAAAUAGCAAGACAGUUACCUCGACGAUGCUGGGCGUGUUCCGGGACGAUCCCAAGACCCGCGAGGAGUUCUUGAAUCUGGUACACAACAAAUAAACGGUCGGAAACGCACGUCGCGGGUGUGUGCCGCUGGCUGGAGGAACCACUAAUCUAAUGAGAGCGGUCAUCAUCCGAACGUGUUUCAUCAUCCUACCUCGUUGCAAAGGCCUCGUCCGAGGGAUUCCGGAAAAUCGCCGUCACUCCGGAAGUCUCUCCUUGUGUGUUCCGUUUAUAAUUUACCGAAAUUUUAUUAAUUUACAUAUUUGAGAAACGCAGCGCGCGUGUUUUUUUUUUUUUUUUUUUAUUAAUUUUUACUUCGAGAGAAAUUUAUAGCGCGCGUAACGAGACCGCGGCGACGGUUCUCGUUUGCUUCUUCUCUUUCAAGCGCGAUCGGGAAGUUCACGGCCAGAUCACUGUCCGGAUCGCGAACAUAGAGAUGCGAAUAGUGCGCAUCCCGCGCGUUUACAAGUAAACGCGCUUAAACUGCUGAUCGAGUGACACUGACAAUAGCAACGAUUGGCAAUAUAAAUAUUAGCGACAGUUCGUUUUGUGAAAAUCGCUCGCAAUUCGAAGUAACGACGAUGAUGCAGAAUUCGCGAGCGGUUUGUCCACAACCGAGGACAGCGAAGAACGAAUGAGCAGCGAAAUAAUAGAUGACUAACAGCGGUAGUUUGAAAGUCAAGUACUUAAAUGGCAAAGAUAAAUGAUCAUGAGAACAAUUUUGUCGAAAGAUCUUUUCUAUUUGCUGCUCCUUCAGCAGAGCAACUUCGUUCCCUCGCAGUUGUUAGGAAAAUUAUCAUCGAAAGCGUUGCUGCCUUGGUCGACACAAACUCGCGCAUCCAAGGAAUUGACAAGCUUCUCUUGUGGCAAUAAAUUUAAAGAUGCAUCUCGUAGAUAAAUUCCCUCGGAAAAUACUCGAUUCCUUCGUUUGUUUGUGUCGAUCCGGCGAUCUUUCGGUGUUAAAGUUUUUUUAAAUCUUCGUUGAACACGUGUCUUAAUAACAUUCGACAUCUUAUUGUGCGCGCUUGCGUAAUUCGCGACUGCGAAACUCGACAGCCAUGAGUUUCGCAUUGUUGCCGAUUUGUAUAUCGCGCGUAUAUUUUGUUCGGUAUUUUUAUAUUCAGUAUGUAAUAAACGCACUUGAUGAUCAAGAUAGUACAAUGAAACCUAAAAUCUGUCCUUUACCGAAGCCAUCGAAACAGACAUUCGUAUAUAUUUCGGUAAUAAUUUUAAAUUUGAAAAGAGAUUGUCACUCAAAGUUACACAAAGAAAAGUUAUUUGCAUCACCAAUGCGUUUAUUAUUAUUAUUUUUUUAUAUUAUUAGACAGUUAAUACAUUUCUAUCUUUUUGAACAAUUGUUUUAGUUCUUGCGUGUUUACGUUUGAGACACAAAAUAGCAGUUUCUUCAAAGAGAUUUGCAAAUGCGUCGCAGAAUGCGCACUGUUUCAGCCAUGCACUGCGCAUCGUGACGAAACAUAUAAUUGUUUUCGAGGUUCGCACUUUAUUUGCUUAUCCUUCCUACCGAGCGAGCAAAUUGCUCUUCCGGUAGAUUUAACUUUCCCUGUUUUCUCCGGGAAAAGUUAAAUUACCAGCUCUCGAUCAUCGCGUUGUGGUUUAUAAGCCGAGAUGCGUUCAUUCCGCAAAGCAAUUCCGCGAACUUAUGUGUUCAUUUCUCACGUAUUUAAAUCCACUACAUUUACGAAUUAAUUUAAGAAGAUGAUUUAUUUAAGAUUGUGAACAUAUUUUUUUUUUUUUAACGAAGUUUAUAUGUUACCGUUACACUCUUUACUUUGUGUGGGUUUGUGGCUAAUCUAAAAAAAAAAAAAAAAGCAUCGCACGUUACAUCGAAAGUUUUAAUUUAUAAAAGUGCGAUACAUUUUAUUGUAUGUACAUAUCGACUUUUUGUUAGAAACAAGCGUGCCGAAACUUCCUGCCUCGACAGACCGAAGCCGAAAAUGCGAGCUUUGGUAUAUAUAAUUUAUCAGAUUAUAUUUUCUGUCGUAAAGGAAAAGCAAAGAGAUACAUAGUUCGAAUUACAUUUGUGAAAAAGCAAACGUUCAAUAUUUGUAAUAUUUUUCUGACAACGUAUUUGAAUAAAGUUAUAUUUAUAUUUUCGAAACGAGGCGCGCGCUUCUCUCACCUCAUUGCUCAUUUUCCUUCUUAUUCCUACUUU